UCGUGCCGGGGCAGCCGCUGCUCGGUCUUCUUGCACAUGUUGGUCGCAGACCUGAGGAUGUGCGCGUCUGGCGCUGCGGUGCGGAGGAUAACUUUAACGGUCGCGGAAAUGAUGGGAACUUUUUCACGUUUUGCACCGCGGGAACUGUGUGUUCCUCCGAUCUGUCUUCACUAGGCAUCCAGAAUCUGCCUGGACUUCCCCGCGCAUGGCCAGCUAAUGGAGGAGGAGAAGGCGGCUGAUAAUAUCCAAACAAAACCCAGCUCCCCUUUACCCUCAGGGGUCCCCAUCAACUGGGGGCUGAUCACCGGCCCGGUGCCCGAGCCGGUUUUCCCCGCCUCGUCUCCUCUUCCGCCUCGGCAGAGUUCAGCCGUGCACGCUCUGCAGACCAAAGUGAAGUCGCUCACGCAGAGGAGAGCCCGAGGGAGAGACAGGGAGAGGCUGGACGUGGAGGCGAGCGGUCCAGCUGGACACAUUUCCUCUGAGGUCUUCCUCAGACAGAGACCGAGAGGGAAAGGAGUCUCUCUGCCCGCUCCCGGCUGGAGACCCGGAGCCGGGAAGGACUUGAGCAGCAGCGAUGAAGAGGAGGAGGUGGAGGUGCAGGUCAAGUUGGAGAUCCACAGUCCUCCGGCUGAAGCAAAAGCAGAGCGAGCGGGCCAAGAGGCUGAAGACGAGAGGUUCAGUUUUGAAAGAAGAAGAGGGGAAGAUCCCGGCCCGGAGGGCCCCCAGUGUGAAAACAUACCGCCUUCUCCUCCACACCAGGCGCCCUCUCCCUCUCCCUCUCCCUCUCCUCCAGCCGCCGCCGCUCCUUCAGCAUCCUCCUCCUCGUCUUCGUCAACGAGACGCUGGGCACCUCCGAAGGGCUUCUGGAGAGUAGCGCGCCCGGAGACGUUGAUCCUCAAUGGGGUCGGACCCAGCAGCGCCCCGUCCUCCACGCUGCCUCUGAGGGACUACACUCAGACGGAGACGCUGGCAGCAGAGCCUCAGCAGAAGAUCAAACCCCCAGAAGGCCUGGGCAGGAGCGACGCAGGCCCGCCGGAGGACGACAACGCCGCCGCUGCCUCAGAGUUCAAACACUCGGACAGCGUGGAGUGCUACCUGGACAGGUGUGAGCAGAAGGAGGCGGACGCAGCCGACGGACACGGCAAAGGGGUGUGCAGCUCGGACAGCUGGGAGAGCACGUCCUCUCAGAGCGGACUGCCGGACGAGAAGCUGAGGGUGAAGGAAAGGGCCUUCGCAAAGCUGAGGGAACGACAGCAAAGCUGGAGAGACGACACAGACGGUGGAGAAGCUUCGUACAGCUUCGACUAUAAAGCUGCAGGUGCUCAGGAUGCUUUGGACAGCUCAGACUCCGUCAUCCUCGCUCAGGAGCUUGAACCCUACUUGAGGUCCCUCCUCGUGCUCAGCGAUGAGCUGCCCCUGAGUCCCAGGCAUGAGCAAGCCAAGCGUCUUCUGGAGCGAGCGAGGCUGAAGGCCCGCUCCAACCACGUCAAAGGCGAUCGGCCCGGUAGACGUUCCCAUUCCGACCAGAGAGCCACAGUGAAAAAACAACAAUCCGAGCCUGUUAGUCCAACAACAGUGCAGAAAGUGCUUCAGACCAAAGAGGAUCCUCCAGCUCAGACUGCCACCGGUCCGCUUCUGGUCCCGUCUCAAAGAGACACUUCCCCCGGAGACCAAGGCUCCCGAUCCAGGCGCUACGGCUGCUCUCCGACCCGCGUCCGCUUUGAGGAUGAAUCUGAGAAAGAAGCGGAGUCUCGGUAUCUGGACAGAGUGAGACAGCGCGGCAGACCCGGGACGCCCAAAUCCAAGAGCAAGGACAGCAACACCGACUCCAGCAGCAGCGGCUCGGAGAGGGGCCGCAGCCAGAGGAGCGUCUCCGUGCCCCCGUCGCAGCGGCCGGAGGAGGCGGGAGGCGCUGGGGAAGCCGCCACGGUGGUCAAAGAGAUCAUAGUUCUGGUGAAGAAGUGUGAAGCGUGUGGUUCUGUAGUCAGGGAACCGCAGCCGGUCCUCCCGGCUCCGGAUCCCGGGACCUCCGAGCCGCAGCAGCCGGGAAACCCAGAAGACGCUCGGGGAAAAGGGGCUUCUCGGCCGACGCCUCCCAGCAAGUCGGAGCCGAGCACUCGUCCCAAAGCUCCUCUGACCGUCACGUUCGCCGGAGCGUACGUUCUCGGGGAGAAUAAGGAAAUCAGCACAGGGUGGAAGUCGUCAGGGUUUGGGAAGCUUCGGAGGAGGAGCAGGAAAGGAGAGAGCCGGCUGGAGUCCGGCCACGGCCCCUACGGCCCGUCCUGGGCCCAGCGGCGGAACUCAAACCCACGGAACAGAGUCAACUUGAGCAGGGGGGUUUCGUUUGCCCCCGGCAGCCCCAUCGCUCUGGGGCCGUCUCUGCUGGAGGCGUCAGGCGGCCAGCGGGAGUCGCCGGCUCCGUCGCUGCCAAUCAAGUCGGCGCUGAAGUCGAGCUCCAGAAGCCGCUCGGCCGCGAGUCAGCCCCCGGUUCAGGGAGGAGAGGGCGGGGCCCAGUCUGUUCCCGAUGCCCUGGAGACGAGGAGAGAAUCCCCGUUAGCGUCAACUCAAGGGAGCCCCGCAGCGAGCAGCCCGGCGCCCUGCAUCAGGCCGUCCACGCUCAGGUACUCCCCAGCCAGACUCCCCACGGACCUGCCAGCCGCCGAGCUGUGGGACGCCGCUGCAGACGGGGCAGCGGGUCUGGGUGGAGACAGCGGGCCGAGCUCGGAGUGUCGGGCCCUGCGCGGAGCGGCCAUGUCUCGGGCCGAGGACCUCCGGGCCGAGCUGCUGAGAGCGGAGCACCUGAAAGCUGAGGCCAUAUGGGAGGAGAACUCGGACGGGUCCAGGAAGCUGGACGGGCGUCCAAAACUCUUCCUCCGCCGCUUCUUCUCCUCCAUCGGGCUGAACAGCGUGGGCAGGCUGGUGAAGGGCGCUCGCUCCAGCAGCAUGGAGCAGCUGAGCAUCCCCCCGGCCCCCCGGGCCAGCUCGGCCUCUCCCAGCCCCACGCGCAGACCGCAGCCCACCAUCCGCAUCCAGAGGACGCCGUCCCUGCAGUCCCUGCACACGGUGCUGCCACUGGCCCAGCUGCGAAAAGCCUCCUCUGUGCAGAGCUUAGAGCGAAGGACGGAGCGCUCCACCAUCCUCGGGGAGGUGCAGAUCCCGUACGGCCUGGCCCCCAGCCCCGACAGCCCCCAGAUCGACCUGCACCGGGCCCUCAGUGUGGAGGACGUCAUGGUUUCUCGCGUGGUGCGUCCGGUCGGCCGGGUGACGCAGGCUUUCCCCGACGGGACUCUUCUCCUGGAGCUCGUCAGACCCCCGAAUGGUCCCUUUGGUUUUGUCAUUUCAAGGGGCAAAGGUCGACCGGACACAGGCGUGUACGUGGAGAAAGUGGGCGACGGCAGCGGUGAAGGCCCCUACGUGGGGCUCCUGGGAAUCGGUGAUGAAAUCCUGCAGGUGAACGGCGAGGCGGUGGCGGGACUCAGCUUGGAUCACGUGACCCGGCUCAUGACCCGGGAGAGCACGGCGUCCCUCCGCAUCAUGCCGGCCCGACGCAGUCCGCGCUGACUGCUCACUUCUCCCCCGGUCACCUGAACGCUGCAGGCUCUGUGGACGGACUCCAGCGUGUGUGUGUGUGUGUGUGUGUGUGUGUGUGUGUGUGUGUGUGUGUAUGACGCUGUAGAUUCAGACAUGUUGUGAUGUUACGGGUUGAUUUCAUAUAAAACCAUUUACAAUAGACUGAAACUGCUCAAAACUAAUCCAACAGUAUUUCUGCAAACCUGAAACCGGAUUUCAAAGUGUAUAUUUUUACUCUAAUUAAAAUUCCAAACUUCAAAAAUCUAAAUCUUGUACAUUUUGUUUCAGUGCAUGUUUUUAUUUAUCUAUUUUUCUAUGAGCAGACUUUUAUGCAUAUGAAAUUAUUUUCUGAAUCUUCCUCAUUAUUAUGUCCUGAAUACUCACUGAGUGCAACCAGAUUGUUACAAAGCUUAUAUGAACUAGUGAGCAUGUUUAUUUCUGUUAGUUUCAUUUUUUAAUGCUAAAUGAUCUGUAGGGAUGAAUAACAUGUUAGACUUGUAAACUAAAGAGAUAUACAAACUGUUUUAGCUCAGUAGAACAUAUCUAUAUUCUAAUGAUCUGCAUGUAUAUCUGAUUACUUUACAACCUGAUAUGGGUUAGUUUUCAAUAAAAUCAUUAUUUUGCCAAAAUGUUCAACCUUAAAUCCAAAAUAUCCCGAUGACUGUGUGACAAAUUCUGUAAUUUCGUUCAUGUCUUUAAUCGAAAAUAUCUCAUGAAACACUUGCUGAAUGUUUUUAUACGUUCUCACUUUGAAAAUGUCAAGAAAUAAUAUUUGAAAAUAAGAU